ACUGAGGUCAUACUGAUCAAACUGGAUGAAAUGGCCGAGGCGAAUUUGGACAAAAAACCUGAGGUGAAGCCUCCGCCGGGCCUUAAGGCCAUCAUAGACCACCUCGGGCAGGUGUACCCCAACCAGCCGAACCCGCUGCAGGUGACCACACUGCUCAAGUACUGGCUGGGCGGUCAGGAUCCGUUGGACUACAUUAGCAUGUACAACUAUCCCGGAGAUGUGGAUAGGAACGUUCCGCCGCACUGGCACUACAUUAGUUUCGGACUCAGCGACCUACACGGGGACGAGCGAGUCCACUUGCGCGAGGAGGGCGUCACUCGGUCUGGCAUGGGGUUCGAGUUGACCUUUCGCUUGGCCAAAACAGAAAUAGAGCUAAAGCAGCAGAUUGAGAACCCGGAAAAGCCCCAAAGACCGCCCACCUGGCCGGCGAACCUGUUGCAGGCCAUCGGACGCUAUUGUUUUCAAACAGGCAACGGGUUGUGCUUCGGAGACAACAUCCCGUGGCGCAAGAGUCUGGAUGGCAGUACCACUUCCAAGCUACAGAACCUGCUCGUCGCCCAGGACCCGCAGUUGGGCUGCAUCGACACUCCCACGGGCACGGUGGACUUCUGCCAGAUCGUCGGCGUCUUUGACGACGAACUUGAGCAGGCAUCGCGUUGGAACGGGCGCGGUGUGCUCAACUUCCUUCGCCAAGAUAUGCAAACUGGCGGUGAUUGGCUGGUGACUAACAUGGAUCGCCAGAUGAGCGUCUUCGAACUGUUUCCCGAAACGCUGCUAAACCUACAGGACGAUCUGGAGAAGCAGGGUUCCGAUCUGGCCGGCGUUAAUGCAGAUUUUACGUUCCGUGAGCUGAAACCUACCAAGGAGGUGAAGGAGGAGGUGGAUUUCCAGGCGCUGAGCGAGAAGUGCGCCAACGACGAAAACAAUCGGCAGCUGACGGAUACGCAAAUGAAACGCGAGGAACCAAGCUUUCCACAAUCCAUGUCGAUGAGCAGCAAUUCGCUGCACAAGUCCUGUCCCCUGGACUUUCAAGCGCAGGCACCAAACUGCAUUUCACUGGACGGUAUUGAGAUUACCCUCGCACCUGGUGUGGCCAAGUACCUCCUACUGGCCAUCAAGGAUCGCAUCCGACAUGGGCGCCACUUCACCUUCAAGGCUCAGCAUCUGGCGCUCACUUUGGUGGCGGAAUCCGUCACCGGCUCGGCGGUGACAGUGAACGAACCGUACGGCGUGCUGGGCUACUGGAUUCAGGUCCUGAUUCCCGAUGAACUGGUGCCGCGCCUGAUGGAAGACUUCCGCAGCGCGGGCCUAGACGAGAAAUGCGAGCCCAAGGAGCGACUGGAGCUCGAGUGGCCCGACAAGAAUCUGAAGCUGAUCAUCGACCAGCCGGAACCUGUGCUGCCCAUGUCGCUCGACGCUGCUCCUCUGAAAAUGUGAUGGUGUCCAUUGGUUAGCUAGUAGUUAUUUAAAUUAAUCGAAUUGAAUCUUCCACUAACGAGUAAGUUUUACAUUUAUACAUCUCAUCUAACACAAUGCACGUGGCCUUUGCUCCUCGCCGGAGUCCAGUCAAAAUAUACAAACACAUACAUAUACCCG